UGGCUAAAGAGUAGGUCAUCGUGUGCGUUUGCUUGGGUACAUAUUUAUGAGUGAGUGAGUGAGCGAGCGAGCGUGUGUCGUUGCUCUCGCAAGUGUUUGCGUGUGUGUGCCUCGGUCUUCAUUAUUGUCAUUACAUCCUUAGGCUGAAUGGGAGACACUUUGGAGUUCACCGACAUCUACCAGGAGAUGAAGGGAUCCUGGAAUGAGGGGCGGCUGCGUUUCAGUAAACAGUCCAUUGUCUAUAAGAGUAUUAAAACGGGGAAGGUCGACACGAUCUCCGCCCCGGACCUGUCCCUCGCGCAGUGGCGUCGUGUCUGUCUGGGUCACGGCAUCAAACUCACCACCAGCACUGGACAUGUCUACAAAUAUGAUGGGUUCAAAGACUCUGACUUGGAUUCAAUCACAGCGUUCUUCAAGGCCAACUACAAAGUGGAGGUGGUGGAGAGGGACAUGUGUGUGAAGGGGUGGAACUGGGGUACAGCUAAAUUCACAGGACCCCUGCUGUCCUUCGACGUGACUGAAAGCCCCGCCUUCGAGAUCCCGCUGUCCAACGUGUCCCAGUGUGCCACGGGCAAGAACGAGGUGACGCUGGAGUUCCACCAGAACGACGACGCCGAGGUGGCCCUCAUGGAGGUCCGCUUCUACGUGCCGCCCGGCAACGGCGAGGAGGGGAAUGACCCUGUGGAGGCGUUUGCUCAGAAUGUUCUCUCGAAGGCUGAUGUCAUUCAGGCCACUGGAGAUGCCGUGUGUAUCUUUAAAGAGCUGCAGUGUCUUACUCCCAGGGGCAGGUAUGAUAUCCGUAUCUACCCUUCGUUCCUGCACCUGCACGGAAAGACGUUUGAUUAUAAGAUCCCGUACACCACCGUGCUCCGCCUCUUCCUGCUGCCUCACAAGGAGCAGAUGUUCUUUGUGAUCAGUCUGGACCCCCCCAUCAAGCAGGGGCAGACCCGCUACCACUUCCUCAUCCUCCUGUUCUCCAAAGAAGAGGACAUCAGCCUGGAGCUGAACAUGAGCGAGGAGGAGGUGGAGAAGCGAUUCGAGACGAAGCUCACUAAGCACAUGUCGGGGUCCCUGUAUGAGGUGGUCAGCAGAGUCAUGAAGGCUCUGGUCAACAGGAAGAUCACCGUGCCUGGAAACUUCCAAGGCCACAGUGGGUCCCAGUGCAUCACGUGCUCCUACAAGGCCAGCUCGGGUCUGCUCUACCCCCUGGAGCGCGGCUUCAUCUACGUGCACAAGCCGCCCGUGCACCUGCGCUUCGAGGAGAUCUCCUGCGUCAACUUCGCCCGCGGCACCACCACCACGCGCUCCUUCGACUUCGAGAUCGAAACCAAGCAGGGCACCCAGUACACCUUCAGCAGCAUAGAGAGAGAGGAGUACGGCAAGCUGUUUGACUUUGUCAACGCCAAGAAGCUCAACAUCAAGAAUCGCGGCUUUAAAGAGGGCAUGAAAGGAAAGGAUGAUAUGAGCGACUCGGACGAGGACCAGCACGACGCCUACCUGGAGAGGAUGAAGGAGGAAGGCAAGAUCCGGGAGGAAGGCGGCAGCGACGAAUCAGAGGGUGACAGUGACGAGUCCUUCAACCCUGGUGAGGAACUUGACGACGUUGCUGAAGAAUUCGACUCCAAUGCCUCCGGCAGCGACAGCGAGGACGAGAGUGGAGGCGGCAGCGACGAGGAGGCCAAGCCCAAGAAGUCCAAACCCAAGAAGGAGCCGGCCAAGAAGGCCAGGGCCCCCAGAGAGAAGAAGGAGAGGAAGCCACGCAGAGAGAAGAAAGUCAAGGACGCUGGCGCCCCCAAGAGGCCAAUGAGUGCCUACAUGCUGUGGCUGAACGCCAGCCGUGAGCGAAUCAAGUCCGAGUUCCCCGGCAUCUCCGUCACGGAGAUCUCCAAGAAGGCCGGCGAGAUGUGGAAACAGCUGGGCAAGGACAAGAAAGAGGAAUGGGAUAAGAAGGCGGAGGAAGCCAAGCGGAACUAUGAGAAAGUCAUGAAGGAAUACAGGGAGAGUGGCGGUGGUGCCGCUGCCGCAAGCAGCGCUGGAGCUUCCUCUUCAAAAAAAGAGCCCAAGAAGAAGUCGCCGGCCAAAGCGAACGACAAGAAGAAGCCGGUGGAGAAGGAGCGGGGGGGCGGCGGAGGCAACGACAGCUUCAAGAGCCGCGAGUUCAUCUCCAGCGAAGACAGCUCCGACAACGACGACUCGGACGGCGGCAAGAAGAAGAAGAAGAAGAACCGCAAACGGAGGCAUUCUGAUGAGGAAGAGGAAGAGAUCGCCAGCACACCACCGAGUUCUGCGGAAUCUGGUUCUGACUGAUGUCGGCGCACACACACACACACACACACGUAUCUGUAUGUGCUGGCGCACUGAGUUAGACGGACCAACCCUGGCAUUUGUUCUGGCCCACCUGUGGACAUUUCCCUGCACACUAGUCGUUUAGCCGUACCACAUUCCAUGCUUCCCAGGCCUGCCCGAGCACAUUCCAGCGCACUCUGAUUUAUAGAGACAAGUUACCGAGGUGUAUGCUAAGUGUCAAGGUGUGCUACAUGUCCCAUAGCUCUCUCAGGUAUUUUCUUUUUUUCAAGAUGGGGAAUGGUGUAGCAGAGCAGCAAAGCACUCUGGAAUAUGUAGUUUUCUUACAUAUUGGUACUUUUUUUUUUUUUUUUUUCUUUUUUUUUUUUUUUUGGUCACUAUCUGAAACCUGAAGCUAAAACGAGGGCUUGUGAAAAUGACGCAGUUUUAUUCUUCUUCUGUAUUGCUUGAAUGAAUAAAUGUUUUGUAAUAAAA